AUGGCCGACGAGCUGGACGAGCUCAUCGAGUUCCUCUCCAACGGCUCCCCUCAGGUGCGCGGCGCCGCGGCGGACAUCGUGCGGGGGCUCACGGGGGACAGCGACGGGCUGCGGUCCCUCGCGGCGCACGCCGACCGCGCGCUGCCGGCGCUGCUCCGGCUGCUCGCGUCCGUGGGGGCCGGCGGCGCGGGCGAGGCGGCGGCCGACUCGCUCGUCAACCUCAGCCAGGACGGCGACCUUGCCGCGCGCCUCGUGGUGCUCGGAGCCGUCGCGGCCGCCAUGGACGUGAUGGUCAAGCGCGGCGGCGAGCAGCCCAAGCUCGCGCGCAGCCUUGUCAUGCUGCUCGUCAACCUCACCCAGGUCGAGUCCGGCAUCUCGGCCCUCCUCCAGGUUGGUGAUGAAAAGGUGCAAGGGUUGUAUGUUGCAAAGCUUGUGCGCUCAUUCUGCAGGUCAUCCUGUGACUCUGAAGAUGAAGAUAUAUUUGAACACAUUGCCUCUAUACUUGUGAAUAUCUCAAAGGUCGAAGCUGGACGGAGAAUACUGAUGGAACCUAAGAGAGGUCUUUUAAAGCAGAUUAUAGGACAAUUUGAUUCAACAAAUCAACUUAGAAAGAAAGGGGUUGCUGGCACCAUCCGUAACUGUUGCUUUGAAGCUGAUACCCAGAUACAAAAUUUGCUUUCUAUAGCAGAAUAUCUUUGGCCAGCUCUACUUUUGCCAGUAGCUGGAAAGAAGAUCUAUAGCGAAGAAGAUAGAUCGAAAAUGCCUCCCGAGCUUGCAAAUGCACUUUCUCAUGAACGGGAAGCUGUUGAUGAUUCCGAGAUUCGUGAACGGGCACUAGAGGCUAUUUAUAUGAUCGUGAUGCAGGAUGAUGGACGAAAGGCCUUUUGGUCAGUCAAUGGGCCACGGAUACUGCAGGUUGGUUAUGAAGACGAAGAGGACUUGAAAGUGAUGGGCGCAUAUGAGUUGAUUGGUUCUUUGCUUGUCGGCAAGGGUGAAAUUGAACAAGAUCAAGAGCAAGGAGAAGAUAAGCCUCAAUGAUGGGCUCAACUAUGUACAAUUUGUAAUCUGUCUUAUCUACUUGCUGCAAGAAAAUAGGGCUGCAUCGCUUCCAAUCUUAAGAAUGUCCUGUCGUAUUGAUCCAAAUUUCUUGCAAUAACUGGCUUGUUCUACCUCCUGGUUUCAGUUUGUUGUCCACAGUAUUUAAUACAACUAUGUAAGAGCAUUAAGAACAUCGUCCAGUUUUUGCCUCUGAUGGACAGAUUGAUUUACAACAUGAUGUGUAGAUGAUAGAUGUGGCUGACUAGACGUGUGUUCUUUUUCUUCUGAAAUAUAUGUGCUCAUGGUGUAAUUGUUCAGAGA